AAUUAUUGGUUUGCAAAGAUAAAAUUAUGAUGGUGAGAUUGUUCCGAUGAGCAUUUUAGAGUCGUCACAAAAAUGUUUUUAAGAUUCGACGGAAAAUGGACUGAAAAAAUUAAGGCUGUUCGCCUCGAAGUCGCAGUACGUGCAGUUCGUGCUUCGCAGGACUUACGAAAAGGUUUUAAUUCCUGACGAAGGCUGUAGGCAGCUUUCCAGGAAGAUUGUGGUGUUCCUCACAGGUGGAAACGCCUCACAAAUAGAGGUAGACGAUAACCCAAAAGACCUUUACGGCAUCGCUAAUCUUUUCCGAUCGAACUAUUACGUGGUCAUCCCGAUUACGUUUCACACCGGCGUUGCAGACGAAACAGAGAACAGAAGAUACAAAACGUACUCGAAAGCGAUCGAAAAGCUGGUAUCGUACAAUUCAUCAUAUUUUAUCGAUGCAGGCUCGUUCACCGAAUUGCCAAAAUCUGCUAGUGCCAAAGUUACGCAACUAAUAGACGAUCUCCUUGGUGUCGUGAGGAAAACAGAGUCAGUAAAUCUCUUUGGCAAGAAUGUGCUGGGUGAGUGUACUCGCUUUCAUUUAGUUUAA